AUGGAACAACUCAUACAGAAUCAAAUGAUCUCGGCCGCCGUGCAGCUCGAAAAGCACCUUGACAGUGAACUAGAUCGGCUGGAAAAUCUGAAUACGGACGAUCUGGACAAGCUGCGUGAACAGCGCAUUCAGCAGCUCAAGAAACAGGCUCAGCAAAGACAGGAAUGGAAAAACAACGGGCACGGCGAAUACUCGGAGCUGGCGGAUGAGAAGGAAUUCUUCGCGAUAUCGAAAAAGUCACCCAAUAUUGUGUGCCAUUUCUAUCGCGACUCCACACCCCGUUGCCGAAUCGUGGAUAUGCACCUGAAGAUACUGGCCACCAAGCAUUUGGAGGCGAAGUUUUGCAAGGUGAACGCGGAACGCUGCCCGUUCCUUACAGAGCGCCUACGCAUUAAGGUGAUACCGAGCAUUGCACUGAUAAAGGACAGCAAAACGAAGGACUACAUCGUGGGCUUUACCGAUUUGGGCAAUUGCGAUGAUUUCAGCACCGAGAUGCUCGAAUGGCGUAUCGCCCAAUCCGGUGCGAUCGAAUACAGCGGUGAUCUCUUGACUCCACCGGAUGUGAAAAAGCAAAAGAAACCAACUAACUUAAAAACCAUUCGUGGAGGGUACGAUUCGGAUGAUUCCGACAUCGACUUCGAUGAUUAA